CUGACUUGAUAUUUCACCCCCUUCUAACUCUACCCUUCCCUUCUGAGACCCAGGUCUGCCAGCAGGGCCCCAGCAGAAACAGCCCCCAGCAACUCUGGCCCUCUGCUUGCCAUGAUCCUUCUUGUCUUGGCUCCUGACUGGCAACUAUCAAGGCUGACGUCUGCCUUGGAAUAGGUGGAAUGCAUCGCCGCCCUAGUGGAGAGCCCUUCUGACAAAUUCAAAGAACCUGGUACCAUCCCCAGCUGCCAUCUUGGAACUCCGCCAUCAGCUGCCUGGGGCUCCACACAGCAAGCACUGCCUGGCACCCUGCUGCCUUCUUCUGGAGGACUGAUGUUUGCAGGAGGCUUUUUUUUUUGGAACCAGAUCAGAAAUCAUCCGACAUCCUUACGCAAGUCUUCCACAGGCUCCAACAGAUAAAUGAUGCCUUUGGACCCUCCACCACGCUACCUUUCCCAGCAGAGCAUCUGGGUUGAUCCUGAAGCCUCCAGCCAUUUGCCUGCCUACCUGCCAGGACGUCUCUGAGGCAGCCAUGAAGGUCCUCAUCCUGUUCUUUUGCCUUGCUCAGCUCUGGGGCUGCCGUGCUGUCCCCCAUGGCCCGAUUCUGGGUUACAGGGAACCGGCCUGUGAUGACGUAGAAACAGAGCAAGCAGCCCUGGCGGCCGUGGACUACAUCAAUAAGCACCUUCCUCGGGGCUACAAGCACACCUUGAACCAGGUUGACAGCGUGAAAGUGUGGCCAAGGCGGCCCGCGGGAGAGGUAUUUGACAUUGAAAUAGACACGCUGGAAACCACCUGCCAUGUCCUGGACCCCACUCCCCUGGCAAACUGCAGCGUGAGGCAGCUGACAGAGCAUGCGGUGGAAGGAGACUGCGAUUUCCACGUGCUGAAACAGGACGGCCAGUUCUCCGUGUUAUUUGCAAAAUGUGAUUCCAGUCCAGACUCAGCUGAGGAUGUUCACAAGGUGUGUCCAAACUGCCCCCUGCUGGCCCCGCUUAAUGACAGCCGGGUGGUGCACGCUGCAGAAUCGGCGCUGGCUGCCUUCAACGCCCAGAGCAACGGCUCCUAUUUGCAGCUUGUGGAAAUUUCUCGGGCUCAACUUGUGCCUCUUUCAGCUUCUGUCUCUGUGGAGUUUGCAGUAGCUGUCACUGACUGUGUGGCUAAAGAGGUCAUAGACCCAACCAAAUGCAACCUGCUGGUGGAAAAGCAAUAUGGCUUCUGUAAGGGGACAGUCACAGCGAAGGUUAAUGAGGAAGAUGUUGCGGUGACCUGCACGGUGUUCCAAACCCAGCCUGUGGUCCUGCAGCCCCAACCUGCCGGUGCUGAUGCGGGGGCCACCCCUGUGGUGGAUGCAGCUGCAACUGCAUCUCCUCUAGCUGACGUGCCCGCAGCUUCCCUGGUGGUGGGACCCAUGGUGGUGGCAGUUCCUCCGGGCAUCCCGCCAGUGCACCGAUCACACUACGACCUGCGCCACUCUUUCUCGGGUGUGGCCUCAGUGGAGUCAGCCUCCGGAGAAGCAUUCCACGUGGGGAAAACACCCAAGGGGGCACAGCCUAGCAUUCCUGCUGCUGAUGGCUCAGUUCCAGUGGUCCGCCCUUGCCCUGGGAGAAUCAGACACUUCAAGAUCUAGAAGAUGGUCAGAGAUGAGGUUUGGCACAGAGAACAUUGCCGCCAUUGUCCAAGUAUGGGUGUGGGUGGGGGCCUUGUCUGCUGUCAAAGCAAGUGCUGUGUGGUCUAUCUUAAUGUCAAGUCUUGUACCCUGACUUCUCAUCCUUUAGAGGACAGAAGCAGGGGGGUACUAGUUAUGUUUGAUGGAAGGCAUAAGGUCAGCAAUUUGAUUCACUGUUUUGAGGCCAGGCCACCACCAUUGUGUUCUCUGCCUUCUCUUGACCUCUCAAAAAUAAUUGGGACUGUGACUCUGAAAGGUGCUCUUGACAAGUUUAUAUCUGCUUAUUAAUAAAAAUGUCUGAAGACCAUUACUUAUAAAGAAAGUUCAACGCUGAAA